AUGUGUGACGACGAGGUUGCCGCUCUUGUAGUUGAUAAUGGAUCUGGUAUGUGCAAGGCCGGAUUCGCCGGAGACGAUGCUCCACGUGCCGUCUUCCCUUCCAUCGUUGGACGUCCUCGUCAUCAAGGAGUCAUGGUUGGUAUGGGACAGAAAGACUCCUAUGUAGGAGAUGAAGCCCAAUCCAAGAGAGGUAAUAGAGAAAUGAUCAUAUGGUGGAAGCUUGAAUGUUUCUAG